AUUCACAAUCGGCAGUCAUCCGUCAAGUUUUGUUUUUGUUGGUGUCGGCGUGCAAACGUGAGAAAAUGUCGAACAAAAGAAACAAAGAGAUAGUCCACGAUAGCGAAAGCGAAGAAGAACAAGAAUCUGGCAGUGAAAGAGAUUCCGAUGUGGAUUCUGACGGAAACUACGUAGGAGAGAAGGAGCUGCAAGCUGACUUCGAAGGUCGCAAUCCAGAGGACUGUGAUUUUCAUGGAAUUAAACAAUUGCUGAGACAACUGUUCUUAAAAUCAAAUGUUGACUUGGGAGCACUUGCUCAAAUAAUUAUAUCACAAAACUAUGUAGGAAGUGUAGUUAAGCAGUGCUUAGAUGAUGGUAUUGAUGAAGAUGAUGAUGAUGAUGUUGGUGAUGGAGUGUUUGGAGUCACUACAGUCAUAAAUAUCACAAAAAGAAAGGAAGAAUCCUGCGUUAAACAAAUCAGAACCCUGCUAACCACACUGGCCGAUGGAAACGCUGACGAGAAGACCAAAGCACUAGUCAACAAGAUACUGUCUGAUGAUGGCAGCCAAGUGGGGCUUGUUAUUAAUGAGAGAAUUCUAAACAUUCCAGCCCAAAUAAGUGUGCCCCUGUUCUCCUCACUUCAGGCAGAAAUAGAGAAAGCAGUUAAGAGAAACAUGCCUUACACAUUCCAGUAUCUUAUUUGGAUAUGUAAAACAUACAAAACGACUGAAGACGAAACAGAUGUGCUUUUCGCGAAUCAAGAGGAAAAGCCACUAACGGACGAAGCUAUAGCUAGCUUUGAUGUGGAUGUGACGGAACAAGCUGAACUAUCACAAUGGGACUAUGAAGGAGGCGCCAUGACACCUUACAGAAAGGUACUCAUAUUCGACGGAAAAAAAUUCACGCAACUCGUGAGACUUAUGAAGGAAGAAGUGGAAGGUGUAUAAGCUUGUUGUUAGUCAUGUAUUGCCUUAAGUUAUGCCAUACGAUAUGUAUCGAUAUAUUUUCGUAUUUAUAAGAAUAUAAUAUUUGUAUUAAGCUUU